GAUGAAAGUGGCUUAUGUGCACAAACAAACACAAAUGCCAGCCGUCAUGACAGACACUCGUUCACGCGCCCACAGACGCUCGCGCGCGCACGCUCAGUGUAAAGGGUACUGAUUCACCAUGCUCGCUGCUGGAUGCUGUUAGACCGAGACGCAUCCACCUCACCGUCGCCAUAGGCUGCCUCUUAAAGGGAUUUCAAUAUUGUAUUCACAGCUCCUCAUGGCUUCAUCGGACGGUAUAGAGAAAUGCGUCCUGCACAGAGGAAGAUCUCAAAGUGACCCGAACAUCCUCAGCGAGUCUGGCAUUGAUCUCUCGCGCGGCGCAGAUGUAAUGGAGCAACAGAAGGUUUUGCGCUCCAGCUGUCUAGUGAGUGGAGUCCACACCCCUCCCAUCCGUCGACACAGUAAGCUGGCAACGCUAGGGCGCAUUUUCAGACCGUGGAAAUGGAGGAAAAAGAAAAACGAGAAGCUGAAGCAGAGCUCUACAGAUGUGGCCCUGGCCUGUGGACUUCACUCUCCAGAUCAAAGCUCUCCCAUCCAGGGCAUCUCAGAUGCAGAGAUGCGCCUGCCGGGCUCUCAGGGGCCGAUACUCAGCAUCAGUAGCAUGGAGUACCUCAGCUCAGAACAAGACAAUCUGCCUAUCGGUGAGUGGAAAGAUUCUAUACAGGACAGCGAGACAACAGAAGAACCAAACUCGAAUGACGAAGAGGAAGAAGAAGAUGCGGUUCCAUCUUUGAACGAACACGAGGAUGCUGAGGAAGAUGCUGAGGACGGAGAUGAAGAUGAGGAAGAUGAACCGCACGAACCGUCUUCUCCCAGCAGUCACGGCAAUCUCACCUCUCAGCUCAGUCCGGAGGAAGACCCGGGUAAAGUCAUCACCUCAACUGUGCCUCACUCAAACUGUUUUCUCCCGAAAGAACUGCCUAGACUCCCCGACGGCCCCAGUCCGGUAGUUUUAAGAGGGCCUUUUACUAAUUCUGUGAGUUCACCACAUAUAGGCAGCAUACAUCCGCCGCUGCCCCCUAGCUGUAUAAUAGAGGAACUGCACCGUGCACUUGCAACAAAGCUAAGACAAGAAAGCGUGGAUCGGGAGACAAGCGGAGAUUGUGAGAACAGAAAGGAGGCGGAGGAAAACAAGGAGAAUGUUAGACAGGACAACUGCUUCACUGAUGCUUCAGGAAUUAUCUAUGACAUUGACAGCUGGAAUGAAUCUGUCAUUUCUGGUACAUUGCCAAGGAGAAUGACAAAGGAGCUGCUGGCUGUGAAGCUUCGAAAUCGUCCCAGCAAACAGGAGCUGGAGGACAGGAACAUUUUUCCUGCACGAACUGACCAGGAGAGACAGGAGAUCAGGCAACAGAUCGAAAUGAAACUUGCCAAGAGACUCAGUCAACGGCCGGCCGUUGAAGAACUGGAAAGCAGAAAUAUCUUAAAACAGAGAAAUGAUCAGACAGAGCAAGAGGAACGGAGAGAGAUCAAACAGCGGCUUAAUAGAAAGCUCAACCAGAGGCCAACAGUCGAUGAACUAAGGGAAAGAAAGAUUCUCAUCCGCUUCAGUGACUAUGUCGAGGUUGCCAAAGCCCAAGAUUAUGACCGGAGAGCUGACAAACCCUGGACAAGACUGUCCGCGGCCGACAAGGCAGCCAUCCGCAAAGAGCUCAACGAGUUCAAAAGCACCGAGAUGGAGGUACACGCUUCAAGCAAGCACCUUACAAGGUUUCACAGGCCCUAAGGGAGGGUUUUCUUCUGUGAAGAAAAUACCGCAAGUGACGUCUAUGUUAUAAUCCUGGAGGUGCCUCUUCCAGAGCCGCCACGUCGGCCUUGGGAUUCCCUUAUUCUUCCAGCGCCCUGGGCCGAAUGCUGUUUGGGUGUGGUUAAUGCUGGAGGCUGCGUCUCCAUGGCGGGCGGGCGGCCGCAGGGAGAAACCUGAGGAAAUUCUGCGGUGACAUUAAACACGUAGCCGACGCAGCUGAGGAAUUGAGUUUUUGAUGUUUUUAAACCGGACUGCAUUUCAGUGACUGCUAAGAAAAGAUGAAGUCGUUCUGGUUUAAUGUUUGUGUACAUGUAACCAGCUCCGCUCUGAGGAACUAAACAAAAAAAUAGAAAAAGUAAAAAAUACGGUACAAAGAAAAGAAACAAAAAACGUCUGGGUUGAUAAGCCUGCUAAUAAAAUAAGUUUCAUAUUUACUGUACAGAAGUCCGUUUGAACAGGGUUGUUCAUGUCAUCACUUGGAAAAAUAAUCUUUGUAAGCACUACU